CGAGCGCAGCACUGAUGCAGGGCUAACUCUGGUUCACAUGUGUUUGAAGAGCGAAUGGGUUUCCACCGGCUAAGAGAACUAAAUGAAGUUGUAACGACCUAUGAAUAAAUUCUGUUAUAUUGUAACAUGGUUGAUUGACACAUGGAUGAACCUGCCUGGGAGGAACAUGUUCGUUCAGUUAUGUUCACAAUUUAUGAAUCAUAAAGACUGUCAUCAUGAUAUAAAUAUUUUGAUACUCCCUUGUGUGAACUGAUAGGGCGAUAUGAAUUACUAUUAGCUGAAGCGCGCACUGAUGUACGUUUUAUUGGAGCGAUAUGUAUAAACCUACAGACUGGUAUGGACUGAUUGAGCAGGGAUGUAAAUUUCUAAGUGGUAAAUCAUAACUGUGGCUCCAAAAAUAAGCAAGUUUGUGUGUGUUUCAGUUACUACUGUUACAAGUUGAAGCCUUAUUAUUUUGUUCAUUUCCUCUUCAAGUGAAAGUAAAUUUUUUAGGGGGAUGGCAAGUGUUAUGCGACUACUGAAGAGGGAACUUGUUCCAGCAAUUUCUGCUGGCAUAGUGAAUAUAAACUUCAUAGUACCCACGUGUUUGAGAGCUAAGCAUAAGAUAAUUUUAUUACACAUAACAAGAACUCAAAAGGCUCACACAGAUUGUGAAUUUAAUGACACUAGUGUUCAUAAUUUGCAUAAGAAUACUUUAGAAAAUUCUUUCAAGAGCAAGACGGUAUGUAAUUAUAGUGAGUCAGAUAAACUAUCUGAACGUUGCAGUAGAGGUGACAGUGCGGAUGAAAGAGGAAAUGCAGUCUCUAAAGUAUUGCAGAAGUAUGAUUUGGGGAACUUUCAAGUGUCUAGUUUUCCUCCCACUUUUAAUUUUGCUGCCUAUGUAAAUGAUUCACAAUCACUGCAAGAAUUGGUGAAACUUGGAGUGAAUUUAUACAAAUGGGAAAGACGGAAAGGAGUUCUAAAAUUUAUUCUUGAGCAUGAUUUUUCUCGAGAUAUGGCUCCAUACAUAAGAUUCCUCUACGAUAUUGGAGUUCCAGCAGAUAAUUUAGGUCAAUUUUUAACAAAAAAUCCCUUUAUAUUUAAAGAAUGUUUUGAUGAUCUCAAUGUACGACUUAAUUAUUUGGAAUCUAAGAAUUUUAAUCAGCAGAUGAGAAGUCGUAUAGUGACUACUAAUCCUUUCUGGUUAAUGUUCAGCACUAAAAGGAUAGAUAAUCGAUUAGGCCAUUUCCAGGAAACAUUUAAAUUAUCUGGUGCUGACGUGCGUCACCUUGUGCUUAAGCAAGCUAAUCUUAUCACCUAUAAUAUGCAUCAUAUUAAAACAAGUACCUUUGUACUGAAAGAAGAACUUGGUCUAAAUGAAAAAGAACUUAAAGCACUGCUGCUAAGAAAGCCAAGACUGUGGAUGAACAAUCAUCUGCGGCUUAAAAAUAGAUUUGAAUAUGUUCAUCUUGAAAUGAAACUUCCUCAUGAAUUAAUUUUGAAAAACCCUGAAGUUUUGACAUCCAGAGAGUUCAGAAUAAAAGAGAGACACUUGUUUUUGAAAUCUUUAAAGAGAGAUCAGUAUGACCCAACAAAGCCAGGUUAUGUGUCAUUGAAAGCUUUAGUUGUGGGGACAAAUGCUGAAUUUGCUAAAUCAGUUAUGCCUGCGCUAACUAUGGACCCGCCCCCUAAUUCUCAAGAUGUUCAUCAUAGCCCAGUGCUUAAUGCCAUUUUAGCUCCAAUUAGAAAUUUAAAUGAGAAUUGGAAGGUAGACUUGUCCACGCACCUAGAACAAUAUCUCAGAGAAAUAUGUGAACAACAGCAAGGUCUUGGAUCAGUUAAUUUUGUGGAAGCUGCUUUACUUAUUCAGAGAUCUGCUGGAAUAUAUGUGAAGAAGGUGGAAUACUUAUGGAAUCUAUUGAUGCAAGUUCUUGAAUCCUUUAGGAAAAAAGGAGUGACUGAAAAAGGCAAUGAAAAACGGAAGAAAAGUGGGCACAUUUCAGACUUGUAUCAAGACUUUGUUGACAUCACAGUUAAUCCAGACAAGAAGAAAUGGAAGGGAAAAGAACUUCCUGUUAAGUUAGAUCCCCCUUAUUAUUCAGAAUUGGAAUAUAAUUGCCCAAAGGAAAAGAAACUGAGUCUGUUUGACCAUAUGUUUGAACCAUUAGGGGACAAAUCAGAUUUCAGGUUGAAUUAUCCAAUUUCUGGUUCAUUUAUGCUAGAAGAAGAAUUGUCAUAUUCAUAUGCUUUAGAGGACGACUGUAUUGAUAUGAAUAUUGCAAAUGAGGAGGAAGGUAGUCAUGUAUCUGGAGAAAAUAAUGAUGCUGAUGAGGAGGGAGAUGGGAAUGCAAAUGACGUUGCAGAACCAAUGGACAUUGCAUCUACACCACUAGUUGAAGAUGGGUGUGCAGGCCUAGUUGGUGAAGGAAAUGUAAUAGCUACAGUUGUACCACAUCCCCCAGUGGAUGUGUGGGAUUCAGAAGCUGGUAGCAUACCUGAUAAAUCAGUAAAAGUCCAAGAACGCAUUAAGAUGCCAUGUGAUACUUUGGAGAAAAAGAAGAGGGGUAUGCUUGAUAGUAGUGUGUCAAGCCUAGUUACUGAUAAUAUUUCAGUAAGUUUUGGAAAUAGAUUUGAAGAAUUUCCAAAAUUUCGCAAUGAAUUCAUGAAGGAAAAGAAUAAAAAGAAAGUGGCAUUCCAGAAAGCGGAGGAAGUGGAGGAAUAUAGGAAAACUCUAGCCAGUGACUUUCCUGUGGACUUUUUGGGUUUUGAAGAUCUCGACAUCUCUGGUGGAGAAGAUGAGUUUGUUGGCUAUCACGAUGACUUUGAUCGAGAAGAUGCUCUUCCUGCUGAUCCUGAUGAAGCCAACGCUGAUCCAGAAGGCAGUGCAGCAGCUUCAGCGGAUGAUAUUCCCUUACCGAAUGUAGUCAAUCUUGAAGACAAUGAUGAUUGGGGGCAAAUAUAUCAAAAUAUUUUACAGGAAAAAAUGCAUUCUGCAAGAGUAGGACAUCAAGAUGCACAAGCUGCUUUAGCUUCUCGUGUUAACCAAUGGCAUGACUCAAUUCGAACAAAGUUAAAAGGCGCUGAAGACAGAAAAUGUAUGGAUAUUCAUGAAUAUGAAACACAUAUCCUAAAUACUUUUCCAAAAGGCGCCACUAAAACGCAGAAAACCACAAUUGAUUUUGCUGAAGUUGUUAAGGAUGUAGAAGAUGAAGAGAUAUGUCGAUACUUCCUUGCUUCUCUCUUACUGGUAUGUUUUAGUGUUUUAGUAGACUUGCGAUUAUCUAAGGCCAACAAUUAUAAUGUCGAAAUAAAUGUGUCAGAUCGCAGAGAACUGGCUAUGAAUUGCAUGGAGUUAACAUUGCUGAAAUCUACAAGGCAUCAUGAAAGUUUGGAAGAUUAUCAAGCUCCUUCUCAAGUAGAAACCCAAAAUCAUAAUCGCAAAAGAAGAUAAAGAAACUAUAACUUGUCUACAUUAUGUUUUUGCCAUAUUGAUUUGUCUCGCAUCAUUUUAUAUUUCACCGUUUUAGAUUUGGUUAUCAUGUGCAGUCCCAACACAUGAUCAGAAAAGGAAAGAUUCAGAGACAUCUUGCGGAGAUGCUGGAACUACGAACUUUGACCUCGCUGGAGGCUAUCGCUAUGUCGGGCGCGUUGAGAAGCUUGUCGCAGCGUCUCCUGUUUAGGUUGGCUAACAACAUUGAGACAUCCACCUCGCGAAGCGCCCCUCCUCCUCGUCGCUGACAGCCACCGGUUUAUCUGCACCUGUAUUCCAACGGUGAAGUCGAAGGUGUUUGCAAGGAUGAUGUGUAAACGCUCAGGUUCUCAGUAAACGUGCGGUUUGAUUUCUUGUAUCUGAUUUACAGUUAACGCAAGAAACUUGUGAUGCGAUUAUGACUUACCCCUUUAUAUACUUAUAUAAUUUUUUUAUUGUAGCGCAAACAUGCUACAACCAACACAAGCCGCCACUUACCGGCACAUAUUAAAAAUUCAAUUUAUUAUACUAUAUUGCCAUUUCGACACCAUAACCGUAAAUCACAUUUGUUAACAAACGGUCAAUUCACCGGUAUUUGUUUUAGUAGGUAUGAAGACGUAUAACGAAAAUACAAAUUGGAGUGAAAUAAAAUGUAUACAUAAUAAUUAAAAUCACGAAAUGGCAAAAUGCUGGAUUAAAAAAUAAUGGGAUUUCGCAGAUAAGAAUAUCGACAAUUGACUCCUUCUAGUGUUAAUAUUUGCGUACUGCAUUGUGUGUGAAACAGUGUUAUGAUGUAAUUUUGUUGAAAUAAGCCCAAAAGGUUAGAAUGAUAUUGAAAAUGUACUGUAUAAAGCGAGGUGGCCUUUCACAAUCGAAGAAAAACAUAACUUUUCAUUUACUGCAGAGACAUUGUCAGAAAUUUAUGAAGAUGCUCGGAGCAAAAGUUACAAUUUUCACCCCAAAUUUAAAUGAAAUUAAAAAAGGAAAUUCCAAUUUUACUUACCCCUCAGGGGGCGAGAGCGAGCUAAUUUUAGCUCUGAUUAAUUAACUCCAAGAAAAUACCAACUUCUUUUUUUUUAAUUUUUAAAAUGUCAUCAAUCAUUUAAUUUUUAAAAUAUUUGUAUGGUGAAAAGUUGAGCUACUGUUCUGAUGUCUGGAGUUAAAUGGUUUAAGAUUUAUGUCUUUCUACUUGUAUUAUUCUUUAAUAUUUAAACGUACAUAUAAAUUGUGAAAAAAUGAAUUGUGAUCAUUUCGUAAUUAAAAAGUACACGUUAUUAGCAGAUGUAUUUCAUUCUUUGUAUUAAAUGUAUUCUUUUUAUCUUCUUCCAAAAAUCAGAGCAAGCCUUACUGCCAUAACCAGUAUUUGUCC